ACGACACUUCACAGACAAACAAAUCCCGCCCAUAACAAGCCAGAGAAUAUUCAAUUGCACAAAUUCCGCUCACACAUACCAAAAUGUCUCAGAACCCGGAUUCCGUUGCCAACCAGGGCGAGUUCUCUGGACAUGUCCGACCCAGCGAGCCGCUCAUGACCUCCGGUCACAAACCAGGAAAGCAGGUCGGCGAUGACGCCGCUCCAGAGUUCCACGUAAAAGUCCUGCCCGCAGGAUCCGCUCCCGCGAAAGACACUUUCCAGCCCAACCCCGAGGUGGACGGCCAGAAAGUAGACCCAUCUGACAAGAAGGAGGAAAAGUAAAUCGCUGACCUUGUGGAGGGUGAUGGACGGGGCGAUGUCAAAGACUGGAAGGAUGACCCAACUCAUGCACAAUAGAGGAGUGUGGAAAAUAUAUCAACCGGUCAGCGCGGUCAUUCUGGCAGGCUGAUUACUCAGGAGAAAGUGCUGGUGCUGCGGAUGCGAGUAAGAAGCGAUAAAUGUGCAACUUGCCUCGCGUCUCCAUAGGCUAUGUAAAACAAUCACUGUCAAAUCAGCUCGCACUCGCGAGUGAAAUGAUCAA